AUUCCCCCAGGAGCCAAAAUGUAAGAAUUCUGCAGUUGGCAGAUGUGGGCUAAUCAGCCCCCUCACAUCGUGAUGACUCAUACAUCUAAGCCCUGAACCACAUGUUUAAACAUUAAUUGGAAAUAUGUUCUUAGCAUUAGCUACUAUAAGUGGGCAUUCUUGUCAUCUGUAUAAAUGUCCAAUUCCUUCUUGAAUGUUAAGUUCUUAGCCUCUGACUUUUGGUGGCUAUCAGUUCUACACUAAUAAUUAUGUAUUUAUUUCUUUUCAUCAGUUUAGAACUUGUCACCUUUGUUCCCUUGUUCCUGUGGUAUGAAAUGGGAAGAGCAGAAACUCCUGAUCUACCAUCUCUAUACCAUACCUUAUUUUAUACUUUUAUUCCCUGUUGUUUAUGUCCUUUCCAAAAUACAGAAUCUGCAUCUUUUCAGUCUCUCUUCCUAUGAGCUUUUUCCAUGGACAAGUAGUGUAGACAAGCCCUAAUCAUUCUUGUCACCCUUCUGUGAACCUCUUCUUAUUUUGUAAUAACCACUGCUGUAAACCAAUAACUACUGUAGUUUUAUUUUUCCUGUGACAUUUUUGUAACCAUGGCUCAUCUGCACACUUUGGGGAAGCUGGGUGGUUAUUUUUUUUUUAUAUCUUAGGGAGCCCUGAGCUUGGGGGCAGCCCCCUGGGUCUCGGGCAGCCCCCAGGGCUUGUGGGAGGGAGAAUGGUGAGUUUCUCUGUCCCGGGGGAAGAGAACGGGCGCACAAGGGGUCCGCCCCUCGCUCGGUGGGGAAGGCGGCGGAACCCCAGUCUGGCACCCGAGAAGCCGCUGCCAUGCCGGCAAUCGGAGCGAGACGCCUACCAAGCAGCUCCGUGGCUCCGCUUUAGCGCCGCAGCCUGAGAGCGGGGAGGAGCCGAGUUCGGGGCCGCUAUUCUCCUCCUCGUGCAAGCGUCCUAGCGCUUCGGGCUGCCCGUGCCCGGCGCGUAUUCACUUCCUUGCCAGAGAAGUUUGCCCAGGUCAAGUGCCCGGUUCCCCCGCCGUGGGAGCCGGGUUCCACCGGCCCGGGGACAGUUUUACCAGGCGGCCGAGGAGAGCGACUCCCUGCUCUGACACCCCCCCCCCCUUGCCCUGCAGCGCCCUUUCCUGAGCCAAGCCCCUGGCUGCACCCCGCUGCGGGGGGGCAUCAGUCUUAGCUUUCCCGGCACGUCUGGGGGCGGGGCCCUUCUCGGGGCGAGGCUACUCCUGGCUGCGCUAACUUCUCCAGCAGUUCAAAGUGCACCUGCUGCGGCGGCUCCUUCCCGGCUCCCCGCCCUGCCCACACCGGACUAUGGAAGCGCUGCUCAUGCUGGUGCACCUCGUGGCUGCAGCUACAUUGGAAAUCAAGACCAGCCCUUCCCCAGUAUUCUGUCUGGUGGACAAACAUAUUGAGUUGCAUUGUAAUUUUACAAUCUGGAAGAGUGUUAAAUUGGAGGAUGUGGCAGUGAAAUGGACCAUAAACAAUGAAUUUGGAGAGAAGACCAUAUACCAGUUUGAUGGAAAGCAUACGUUAUAUCACCGGAAUGGGGCCUUGGUGAAUCCUCAAUUACUAACCCAGGGCAGCGCAUCACUGAACCUGCAUAAUGUGACAUUAGAUGACGAAGGGAUCUACACAUGCACUGUUUUAAUAACCCCGCAAUAUGGAAGUGGGACAAUCCAGCUCCAAGUAAGAGCUCAGCCUACAGUGUUGCUGUCACCCCAAAACCCCGAAAUUACCGCAGGGGGAGAGAAAACCUUUUCCUGUGAUGUUCAUCAAUUUUACCCUCAAGAAAUUGACAUCUCCUGGCUGGUUAGGAAGUAUGGCAGUAAACACGAGAGACCUUUAACGCAGGAUAUCUGCACGGGAGUCCCACUGGCUCAUGAUAAAAAGGGCAUGUUCACCGUGCUGAGUCGGGUGACCCGAGAGGUGUCUGAAGAGGAUGAUGGAUCCUUGUACAUCUGUGAAGUCCGACAUGAAUCUCUGGAAAAGCCGCUGAGAGGAAAUACAACCAUAUUUGUCACGACCCCAAAGCAGUAUCAUCGGGAUACUGGGUUCAUUGUUGGAGUGGCUGCUGCUUGUAUUGUGAUAACUGGAGCGUGUAGUAUAUUUUUGACCAUAUUCUAUCAGGAACAACUUAUGAAAGUGCCACCUCAGGUUUCCUUGAUUAACAAACCAGAUGUGAUCCCGAUUAAUGAGAAGCUGAAGCUGAUGUGCAACAUAAAUGGGUUUAGACCAAAAGCGAUUAGUGUGAAAUGGUACCGGAGAACCCCCCAAAUGCCAUCAAGUGAAGCUCCUGGAGAAGCCUCUUUUCUUCUGGGUCCGAGAGACGAUAUUACUGACAAGGCAAGGCAGCCUUUGGAAACCAAUGGCAAGUUCUUCAGUGUUCCAUCCUGUUUGACCUACACACCCACCAUCCGGGAUGAUGGGGCAGUGUUUGAAUGCAGCGUUGAGCACAGCGCACUGAAAAGCGCCAUAUGGAUGAGCACCACGCUGAGUGUCACAGCUCGGCCGACAAGUCUCUACAUCACUAGCUGGCCUCAGGCUCCCACGGUAGGAGAGACGCUCAUUCUGAGCUGUGUAGUAGAGAAAUUUUACCCGAAGGAUAUCACUUUGACUUGGUUUCGAAAUGGACAACUGGUUAGCGAUGUGACACAGUUUGGACCUUUCCCUUGUGAAAUUGACUAUUUCAGUGUCUGGAGCCAGACUGAGUUUAUACUGACCAAUGAGGACGAAGGGGCAGUUUAUAUCUGUCAGAUAAAACACAGCAGCUUUGGAAAUAUAGAAGAACUCUUCUAUGAAGUUAACUUGCAAGGGACACCCCCUGAAGUUCUCUGGAUCACCACAGACCCCUCCAUUCCUGUGGCGGGAGAGGAGCUGAGGCUGAACUGCAGGAUCAAUAACUUCUCCCCUAACGUGAUCGCUGUGAACUGGUUCCGAGAUGGGCAGCUCCUGCAAGCGGGAGUCUGCCAUUCAGUCUCCAUAAUGGGGGCCAAUGGUUUGCACUCCAUCUGGAGCGUUUUGAGAGUCACGCCCGGAAGGGAAGAGGAAGGAGCAGUGUUUACGUGUCGGGUGACACAUGCUGCUUUAAGGGACUCUGUAGAAAGAUCAUACACUCUGCAGCUGCCUGGUAUGUCCUGUACAGCGUGUUUGAUUGGAUAGUUCAUACAGUGCCUGAACAACGGAGAUUAGUUUAAAGCGAAGUGUGGUCAAGGGGCCAAAUGAGGCCUGUAGCGUGCCAGAGGGAGGCCUAAAGUGAUGGUGUGAGCCGAUGGCUGUGAGCUAGGAACUUAAUGAGACCUGAUCUCAGCUCUGACACAGACUCCCAGCAUGCUUAAUCUCUCCGCCUAAGAGCCCCCAUCUGUCCAAACACUCACUUACGUAAGGGUGGAGCGAGGAGUGCUGUGUUUGUAAAGCGCCUCAUUUCUAAUUAUUGUUAUGUUAUUAGAAUGCAGCCUGUGGCUGCUCUCGGCAUGUAAGCGUAGGACGGGAACAAAGCUGAUCAACUGCAGGUUUUUAGGGCUGGUGAAAUGUUAUGAAACACAGAGCCUCUGAGUAGCUCUAAGGUCAUCCUAGCCCCUCCUGCAUCCCAACAGCUAGAGGUGAGCACUGCACCAGGGGAUGCUUGGACUUUGCUGGUGCGUUCCCCUCCCCCUCCCUCCUCCUCUUUUGUAUUGGUCUCUGGCUACCAGAUUUAGUCCUUGGGCUAGUUGGUGUCUGUUACAUUUUCCAAGUCCUGCACUCAUAUAUGGGAUCCUCACUGUGGUCAGCGAAUGCAACUUUCUGCAUCACAAAUGGCAACAUUUCGCCCAGGACAAAUAAGGCAAAUUUUGUUUAUGAAUUUGCUCCAUAGGGAAAUGUCAUUU